AUCGAAGAUUGAAGAAGCCUCUCUUCUAAAACCCUCUGUUCUCAUCAAUCCACCGCCGAGAACCUCCCGCUAAACCCUAACGGCCCUCUCCUCAGAGAACUCACGCAAUGUCUCCUCCCACAGAACACGAAGAAGAAGAAGAAGAAGAGGAAGAAGAAGAAAAAGUUGAUCUCUCCGGGAGCGAAGACGACGAUGCUUUGGACGAGGACAUGGAAGCCCUGAGGCGAGCCUGCAUGCUCACGGGAAGAAACCCUAACGACCUCAACAAUCCCUCCACGUCCGCCGCCAACGGAGACUACUCCGCCGGCCCCGCCGAUUCCGACUCCGAUGACGACCUCGAAUUGGCCCGAAAUAUUCAGAACCGGUUCUCGAUCUCGUCCGCUCUUUGCGAGACCCUGUCCUUGGAGCCUCUGUCUUCUCUCCCGCCCGCCACCUCGGACGAGGACGACGAUUUCGAAACGCUCCUCGCAAUUCAGCGACGGUUUUCGUCCCACGCUACCGAUAUGUUGAAACGUGGAAUUGGGGGUUCGUUAAAGAAACCUGAGCAGGUUCAUGCCUCUAGUCUAUCCUUGGAGAAGGAAACUACUAGUACUUUGUUUGUAAAUAGAGCUAAUUCUUGUGAAGGGUUUACAGAUGCUGAAGAUUUUUGUAACACCCGUCCAUUGGAUGACAAUGAUGGUGGGAUUAAGCCUUCUGGUUUCGUUGAGAGCCAUCAAUCAGAUUCUUGUAAGUCAUCUAUCUUGCCACUUAAAAAGUCUUGCUUCCCAAAGUCUGCAAUUUUGCUACUUGAUGCCAUUAAGAAGAAUAGAUCCAGUCAGAAGUUCUUCCGAAGUAAGUUGAUCCAGUUAGAAGCGAGAAUUGAGGAAAACAAAAAGCUGAAGGAGCAUGUUAAAAUCCUUAAAGACUUCCAGGCUUCUUGCAGAAAAAUAACUGGGCGAGCAUUAUCCCAGAAAAAGGAUCCACGUGUCCAGUUAAUUUCAGCAAAAGAAACGUGGGCUUCGAAGGAUUCAAAGGCUAAUGAUAAACGGCUUUCUCCCAUGUGUUAUGGUCCAGCAGAGAACUCUCAUGUUGCUAAUUAUAGAAUGGCGAUUACUAACUUUCCACUUUCCUUAGAAAGGAAGAAAUGGUCAAAGGUAGAAACGGAAAAUCUUGUAAAGGGAAUAAGGCAACAAUUUCAAGCAAUGGUGCUUCAAAUUUCAAGAGAUCAUACCUUGGAAUGCACAGCAAUCGCAAGUGGUUCAGAGAAUUCUUCGGAAGAUUCAAAUGAUUUGGAUAUGAUCCUCGCAUCAACUAAAGAUCUUGAAGUUCACCCAGAAAUGAUUGGGGAGUUUCUGCCCAAGGUUAAUUGGGAGCAAUUGGCUUCCAUGUAUUUUGUUGGUCGCUCCGGUGCUGAAUGUCAAGGAAGGUGGUUGAACUGUGAAGAUCCCUUAAUCAACCACAAUCCUUGGACAGCUAAAGAGGACAAGAAUCUUUUGUUACUUGUCCAAGAAAAAGGGAUCAAUAACUGGUUUGAUAUUGCUGCAUCACUGGGGACAAACAGGACCUCAUUUCAGUGCUUGGCACGUUAUCAAAGGAGUUUAAAUGCUUCUAUGCUAAAAAGCGAGUGGACUAAGGAUGAGGAUGCUCAACUUCGUGCGGCUGUAGAGGUUUUUGGUGAGAACGAUUGGCAGUCUGUGGCUUCUGCUUUGGAAAGACGGACCGGUAACCAGUGCUCUAACAGGUGGAAAAAAUCACUUCACCCAACCAGGGGAAGAGUGGGGAAGUGGGUUGCAGAUGAAGACAAACGCCUCAAAGUAGCUGCGAUGCUCUUUGGGCCGAAAAAUUGGAAUAAGAUUGCUCAAUUUGUGCCUGGUCGAACUCAAGCGCAAUGUAGAGAAAGGUGGGUCAAUAGUUUAGAUCCUUCAUUGAAUUGGGAUGAGUGGACUGAAGAAGAGGAUUCCAGGUUGAAAGCAGCUAUAGCAGAACAUGGACAUUGCUGGACUAAAGUUGCUGCAUGUGUGCCUCCACGUACAGAUAAUCAGUGCCGAAGGAGAUGGAAGAAGCUGCUUCCACAUGAAGUGCCCUUGCUUCAAGAGGCCAGAAGAAUACAGAAAGCUGCUCUUAUAUCCAACUUUGUAGAUCGGGAGUCAGAACGUCCUGCCCUUUGCCAGAGUGACUUUCUUCCAUUGCCACUUAUUUGUUCAGUAUCAGAACCAGAAAAUGUAAAUCCUUGCAGUAAAAGGAAGGGAGGAUUAAGGAAGAUCAGAGCCAAGGAAUGUGAACAACAAUCUCAAGCUUCUUCUGGUACUAUAAAGAAGAAAAAGUAUUCUAAACCACAUUCAAGGAGAAAGAAAUGUACCGAACCAGUUGCAGACAAACUGAGUCUUCCGUUGCACCCAGAAAGUUUUGAAUCAGGGACAACUAAUGGCGAUUGUAUAGAGGCUGCUAUUGAUAAUACUUCAUAUAUGGGGAGAAACCAGAAUUCAACAUGGUCUUCUGGGAAGUUGAUGUUGUCAGGAAUCACUAAUGAUGCUGAACAUCCUCUUGAUCACAUGUCAUGUCUGGAUUCGACAUUGUUAAGCAUAACCAAUGGUGAAGUGGUUGAUUCAUCGAAUGGACAUUUUUGUACAGGGAAGAGGAGAGCUAAACUACAGUCAAAACGGAAAAAAUGUAUGGAGUUGGCGGAAGAUAGUCACAGUUUCUCGUCACAUCCUGAAAGUUUGGAGUACAGGAGAACUAAAGGCGAAGAUGUUGGAAGCAGCUUUGUGGAUAAGGAAACUAGAGUUUUAAAGAGGCAAAAAAGAAGGAAAAGAAGUAAUAAGCCAUUAGUGGAAGGCCCCAUUGUAACUGUUCCUUGUCAACAAGAUGGCCUCGAAAUCUCAACAUGUGAUAACAUUUCUUCUAAGCAGAUUUUAGGGACAGGAGAUCAAAAUGACAUUACGCUCGCUUGCUUUCUUCGCAACAAAUCAAAGAAGAGAAGGCUUGAAGUUGCCAAAAAUGCAAAUCAGGCUAGCUCUCCAUCUACUCUGAAAAUGGGUGCUGAUUCAGUUCCCAAUGAAGUAGAUAAACUUGGUGAUGGAAACCAAAUCCUAUCCACACAAGGUGGGGAACCUCGUACACACUGUCAUGUUGAAAAUCCUGAUAAAUUGUUGCCUGGUAUACAAGAUCUUGUCCAAGGGCAGAAGAAUGCUGGUCUCCAAGAACCAGUGAGCAUCAAUCUAGAUGGUGAUCCUGAAGAGAGUUAUGAUAUUACACUUGCUUGCUUUCUGCGAAAGAAAUUGAAAAAGAGGUGAUAUCAAGUUGCCAAAAUGGCUAAUCAAGCUCGUUCUUCCUUUCGGUUUUAAAAGAUCCAAAUCACUUACUGGAAUCUCAGACAUGCUGUAGCAUUAUGAGUAUAUGCUGACCAUCAUGGCUAACUAGGCUAGAUCUGGUCCAAGGGUGAAUCGAUGCUCAAUGACAUGAACCAGUUAGAGAAUCUGCGAACCAGGAGGGUGAUGCUAGUCUUGUUUGGCUUUUGUUGAAACAAAUUGAAGAAGAGGUGGCUUCAAGCCUGCAGAAGUGGGUAUUCAGAUGUGCUCUCACGGAGCAAACAUGUGAGUAGCCAUUCGAAACGAUUGAUCAACUCUACAAGAUUAUAUUGCCCAGAAUUCCAUUUGUCAUCUUGCAAUAUGCAGCUAAACAUUAGCGCACGUCUUUGUUACCUGAAAUGAGCAAUUUUGCCGAGUUACAUCCGUAUAGCAACAUUAUAUACUCUGAUAUUCUUUUCCUGAAUGAGCAUCAUAUAGUGUAUUCAUCGAAUCUGCUUUUUAUUGGUCUCGGUUUGUUUGCCCAAACCUUUGAUUUAUUUACAAUAUAAAAUACACAUUUCCUAUGUUA